AUGAGAGCGGUUUUAUUUCUAAUUCUAACCUCUUUUAUCACUGGUAUCAAACAACAACAACAACAACAUUCAUCGAUUCCAACAGAUAAUUCGCACAUUGACCAUCAUGACGAUGUUCCAAUUCCAGUCCCUCAAUGUUUUACAACUGAUUUAGUACCAUCAUUUCUGAAGCCACAUGUUGUUGAACAUGUACUUCAAAUGAAACUUGAAGAAGAAGAAGCAAAAUUAGUCAAAGAACGUGAAAGAAAUAUAAACAUUAAUAACGAUGAUAUAUUGGAUUUUGAAGAAAUGCAACUACGAACUGACAUUCAUAAUGGUGCAUUAAUGGCUCGGGCAGCUACAAAAGUUGCUGAUGAACUUCUUUUCCAAUUUUCAUGUUUAACAAAUGGAUCUGUCACUGAUAUAGUAGAUAAUUUCCUUAAAAAGAUCCCACUACCAACUGACUUUUGUGCCUAUCGUUCGGAUCCAAGUUGUAAAGAUUUAACAAACUAUCGAACAAUUACUGGUGUAUGCAAUAAUCUUCAACGCCCGUAUCAAGGUAGUUCACAAACAGCUUAUGGACGGUUAUUACCACCAAUUUACGACGAUGGAAUAAGAACACCUCGUGCGAAAUCCGUUCUCGGCGGUCCUCUACCGCCAUGUCGUGAGAUAAGUUUAGCCAUGGGAUCGAAACCGCAUUUUGAUCCUGUUAUUAAUAACCUUUGGGUUACCUAUGGUCAAUUUCUUGUUCAUGAUAUAACAUUCGCAGCACCAGUGACUGAUUCUGGUCGAACGCCAAUCAGUUCGUGCGGUUGUGAUUCGCGAGAUACGGAUAUGUGCUCUGUCAUUGAGAUCGCUGCUAAUGAUCCAUUUAUGGCUGGACAAAAGUGUUUAGCUGUUCCAGCAACUGCACAAGCAUUUCCAAAUCAAAUUUGUUCAUUGAGUGUGAAAGAACAAUUGAAUGGAAAUUCUCAUUAUAUAGAUUUAUCAGUAACCUAUGGAAGCACAAGACAAACAGCAUUUGAUAUUCGUGCUGGUGCUGACGGUUUAAUGAAAACGAUGAGAAAAGUAGGAUUCAGAUUCGAAUUACCGCCUGGUCAACGCGAUGGUAGAUCAUGCAUUGAUGCAACUGAAACAAAUAAAUGUUUUGCUGGUGGUGACUCUCGUCUUAUGGAAAACUCUAUUCUCUCAGGUAUUCAAGCUCAAUGGUUACGUUUACACAAUAAAUUUGCUACUGAACUUGCUCGAAUACGACCAGAAUGGCGUUCACAAGAUACAAUUUUAUACGAAGAAGCGAAGAAGAUUCUAUCAGCUCUUCAUCAGCGCUAUACUUAUGAAGAAUGGUUACCAAUACUGAUUGGCGAAACAACAGCACAACAAUAUGUCGGCGAUAAGACUCUCUUCACAGAAUAUGAUCCUUCGAUGCCUGGUGUUGUUUUCAACGAAGCAGCGACAGCAGUACUGCGUCUACAUACAUUCGUUCGUGAUUUGAUCACUCGCUGUAAACCGAACGGACAAAUGAUUGACCAAUUGUGGUUUAAUGAAAUCAGUUCUCGGUGUAAAUUUGCUUAUGAUACAACAACCAAUGGUCUCGAUUCAUUUUUAUGUGGUGCACUGUAUGAUUAUGGUUUCGCAGGUGAUACAAAUUAUGCACAACAAAUUCACCAUCGUUUAUUCGAAUCAAGAAAUCAUCAAGGUGAAACACGAAGAAGUGACAUUGUUUCGCUGAAUAUUUGUCGUGGACGACAACAUGGUAUACCAGGCUACAACGCUUACCGAGAAUUUUGCGGACUUCGACGUGUACGUCGUUUCGAAGGUUUUCUGGACACAAUGAAUUUCGAUUCUGUCCGAACAUUACAGAUGAUUUACAAACAUCCAGAUGAUGUGGAUCUAUUCGUUGGUGCCAACCAUGAAACGCAUUUGUCCGAUGCUUUAGUUGGUCCUGUUUCUGCUUGUAUAAUUGGCAUACAAUUCCGACACCUCAAAUACGGUGAUCGAUUGUUUUACACGCAUAGAGGCGAAUUUACGCUUGAACAAUUAAUGACUAUCAAGAAAUAUUCAUACAAUUGUUUCAUUUGCCAUUCAACUGAUAUCGAUGAAGUUGCUCAGAAUCCAUUUCGACCACCAGAUGAAAAAACUAAUCCACUACAACCAUGUAGUCAAUGCCCUAGUUUUGAUUUUACUCCAUGGCAUGCGGCGAGUACGAAUUAA